CUUCAAGUGAACGAAAACGAGCAACAAAUGCCCAGUCGACAGGAAAACAUUUUUUCAAAUUUAAUUGAAUUUUCGCCACAAUUCAGUGCCAAAAGUGUUGUUAAUCUGUUUGUAGUGGUUCCGUGUACCAUAUUUACUUAAAGUUUGCUACUUACCACAGAAUGCAUGCGGUGGAAAAGCUUUUUUCCAUCCAGCUACCGACAGUCAGUGAAGAAAAUUGGAUGUUUCAAGCACAAGAACCCCAAGAAGAAGAAAAAUUCCAGCAGAAGCAAGUCGACGCGAAUGGAAAGUAUCAGAGACGGUGGUAGAUGUGCGUAGCGGACGAAAGAAAGAAAUAUCGUAAACAACAAAGGGUUCCGUCAAAGGUCCCGAUCGAGGCGAGCAGGAGGAUCGAUUAGGAAAAAGAAGAAACACGGUAUUCAACGCCACCAUACGGAAGUCAUGAUCAGAUGAAUGAAUUGAGCUGUGGCUUUUAACUAGAGUAAAGUAAAUUCAAUUUGAUCAUCUCGGUGACUAUGAUUUCAAAUCGACGAGAGCAGUAUUAUUGCGGACUGCUGACGAUAGCAGCGGCAUUUUUUAUUAGUAGCUGUCGGCAAGCUUUUGCCUCCAAUCAUAUCUUUGUAAAUAACAUAGUUCCUUUGAUAAGUAAUGUAAGUGGUAGUGCGAUAAGUUUUGAUAAUAGCAGCAGCAAAGUGCCUUUGUCGUUAUCGACGCAAAGUCUGUCCGGUUCAGCUUUUUCGAUGGCGCCUCAGAUGCAACCGCAGUUUGCGGGUAGUGACAAGGAUUACAGUGUACAGGAGCUGGCCAAGCUUCUGGAAGCAAAAUUGAAGCGUAUGCGAAAUCAGGAGCUAGACGUUCCUGCUGUACAGGAAUUGUAUGACACAAUGGAAUUCACCUCGGUUAUUCGCAAUGACAUCGAUGAGCUGGAGAAGAUUGCUAAAAAGUUAACCGUGAAGUUUGAGCGAUCGGCAGCCGUAAUUGAUCGAUUGCGAGCAUACAUUCACGACUCUAUUAGCCGUCAGAGUGCCAAGUACAAUACCCUCAUUAGUCCUUGUCCGUAUAGUGAACUAAUGAACCCAUGGGAUGACGAACCGCAAUUUGAUCUACAAAAUUUCAUCCAGAACACUAAGUUAAUGAAUUCUUCAACAACUUUGAAGCAGUUUACGGGAGAAUCUGGUUUUCUGGAUUUUUCCGCCUUUCCCACAAGUCCAGACGAUCGUCCACGAAUUCGUAUAAGUGAUCAAACAGUGGAUGAUAAUAAUCAGCACUUGCAAAAACGAUUUCAAGAUCAAAUAUCUAAUCUGAAUAGCAAUUUUUACAGUUUGAAACAACUGUUUUACUUAUCUACGUUUGAUCAAGCCAGCGCGUUCAAAUGUCACUACUAUCCACGGGAUGGCCGUCUAAAAUCACUGUACUUAUCCUCUGUGAGGAACAAGCAUUUUAUGAUCUUGUUGGAUACUGGAAAUUCGGUCAGCUUCGAUCAGCUGGAGGUAGCAAAAGCUAUAAUAAAGUUCAUGAUCUAUCUGCUAAAUGAAAACGAUAGAAUUGCCAUUGUAGCGAUAAGUCCAAAGCUAACGACAACUGACAGCUUUCUAGAUUGUGCCAGUGGUCCUUUCGUGAAUGUCACCAUGGACAACAGAGAUCGGUUAGUGGAUUUCGUGGAUUCACUUAACAAAACGGCAUCGUCCGCGGUUCACGUGACAGCCUUCCGUUACGCAUUUAAAUCAAUCGCCGAGGCCUACCGAGAGAUUAGUACAGAAAUUCCAGUAGUGUUUUUGUACCUGGGAAGAGCUCAACUAUCGCCCAUCACAGCUGCUGCACGUUCAGUAAUUCGAACAAUAGCCGAAGGCCAGUCCAGACUACCGUUUCCUGUGAUUAUCAAUACCUGCUUGAUUCUACUGGAUGAAAGAGAGAUCACUUACGAAAAGCAGUUCAUUACAGACGUUACCACACAAAACUAUGCCAAAUACAAUCUCAGUGGUAUCUUUUUCAAACCACGGCCCGGCAAAAUGGUCAUGAUUUCCAAACAUAGCUUUGAUGCACAGCGUUUUGUGAUUGCGCUAAUGGAUCCUUUUCUGAAUGAUUUAGCAUUUACGGAUGAUCGAAUUCGAGUUCAUCUGCCAUACCACGAAGGACAAACGCAUGACACAGUAGUUACGAUGUCGGUGCCCGUUGGAACUCAUGGUCUCAUGGGAAUCGAUCUGUUCCUAAGCGACUUGGCGGAAGACGUUUCAUACUACAAACGGGAUGAUGGAAGUUAUGCUUUUUUGAUCGAUUUACGCGGCAAUGCCAUAAUGCAUCCUUCAUUCCCAAGGCCGCUGGCGGCCAGAGAAAGUUUCUUUAUCACAAACAUAUUGAGACUGGAACGUGCACUAUCUGAAAAGGAUGUUCGAAAAAUUCUUUCAGAAGAUAAAGGCAAUCUGACGAUCAAUAGAGUAACUUCCGAAAAAAGUAAGAUUUAUUUCUGGAAACGAGCUCGUUUCUACAUCGCUUGUAUUGUGCGGGUAUUACAUAAUGACCGGAAUCCGAGCAUCCUGUUCAACGGUGCCAACUCACGAAACGGUCAAACACAACAACUUCAGUAUUACCAUUCUCAAGCAAACAUGGACUACAGUUUCAUCAGCAGCAACGGUGUCAGCAGCCGGAAUUUGCUAUCCGAUUUAAUCUACCAUCGAAUCGACAUCUACCCAGUACAUCUUCAAAGACCCAUUACCACAAACUCCGUUACAAAUUCUGUACAAAGCGAACAAGGAUCUACCACCAGUGAUUCACCACGGGUCUGCCGACUUAUGAAACAAUUUGCUCUGGCGGAUGAUCCCACCCUGUACCUUAGUUCAUCCUCAUUCCAAUCUCCGUAUGCCCAUAUUCGGAACAAUCGCGAGGGAGCUAACGAGGAUGAUACUUUGCGAACAAUUCAAAAUAUCAUGGCCUAUCUGAAAGAUACCACGUCACUUUUUGCCAAUCCUGGUUUGCUCCCAGAAGUCCGCAGCGAUGUGCUCGCACUGCUCAAAGUAAUAUCGAAUUAUCAACGCAAACACAGUGAAAGUAAACUUAGCAAAUAUAUCAUUCGUCGCUAUGCCGCAACAGCAAAUGGUGUUCUUCAGGUAUAUCCUGGCGGUUUGCUCGAUACCGACAUCGAACCAUCCAAACGACCGUGGUUUGUGAAAGCUAUGGAGUAUCCUGGCAAGAUUGUCGUCACCAAACCAUAUUUGGAUGCCGGUGGGGCUGGUUAUAUAGUAAGUGUUUCGUACACAAUUUUCGAGGGAAUAGCUGACGCACUGCAUAACACCGAGAACGAUAAACCGAUUGUAGUUGUUGCCAUGGACUUCAGUCAAGGAUUUUUCUACAAACUGCUGACGGAGUCGUCCAAUAUUUGCAGUGCGGAAAAUAUCAAAUGCUUUCUGAUGGAUGACCGUGGCUAUCUGAUUGCGCAUCCCAAACUGAUCGAGCCGGUUAUCAACAACAAUAGACGAACGCUGGAACACAUCACACACAAGGAAUCACAAGUCGCCAACGAUAUACUAAACCACAAGCAGCUGGUAACGAAGAAAAUGUGCUACAACUAUGUCAACCGAACCAUCCAACGAUUGUAUCAGUUUAACAUGUCACUGGCGGACAUAAUAACCAAUUUGAUGUACGGCGAGCGAACCAAGUAUCAGAUAAUGCUUAUUCCUGGAACCAACGUGUUUAUCGGGGUGGUAAAUUCUACCAACGAUGGCGGGGCGUUCUGUCCGUGCAGUACGGUCGGAAAUUCUUGUCUCAACUGCAAUAGAAUGGAACAAACUGAAUGCGAAUGUCCUUGCGAGUGUCCCCUGGACUAUUAUGAUGAACCGAGAGACCCAUCUUGCCACAGAGACCUACCAAGUGCAGAUAAUCGCAAACCCCCUCCGGAGUCCAUCCCGCUGUGCUCGCCAUUACCGGAGGAACUUAUAUCGAUGAAUGCACUGAACUACGAAAGUGAUUUAGAGCUUAAAAGUUGUAGCAGUAUCAACUGUGAGGAUUACACAACUCAGAAUGAAUGUUUAGGACUCGUUGGUUGCGAAUGGUGCCAAGUGGACAUCGAUGGCGAAAAUACACUUACAACACCGUUCUGCACGUCACAACUGACUUGCUUCAACGGUGUCUUCGGCUCGGCUACGCCAUACGGGGAUGUCAUGAGCAACAACAUAAUGGAAUCGGUUUUGCCACCGGCCUACAACGCAAUCGGACCAGUAGCUGGUGCGAUUCUGGCCCUCUGCCUUGUCGUCGGUUUCGCUAUGUACUGCUACCGCCAGAAUAGCGAUCAAAGCGGUGCAUCAGACCAACUUUAUGAUGAUCUGGUGGCCGAUCCCUGCAACGGCUUGCCAUUAUCUCGGUUUGAUAUCGAAGAUCACAGUCCACCGGAUGACUGUGACAUAAGUCGAACGAGCGCCAAGCAAAAUCUACUGCUUAAUGGGCAAAAUAAUGCCAACUACGUGAUCUUUCCGAAUGUUACCUCUCCGUAUCAAAUGUCUUCCAAUUACCGACGACCAAAUGCUGGUUCUUCUGAUCAUGGGUAUUCGACCAUGACGCAUCACGAAGAAUCCGAGCACCUGUGUUUGUCGAACGCUGAGCCCGUGGCUCCAAAUUCGGCCGGUAAGCGGCUCUCGAUGUCCGACUCGGCCUCGAUCAACACGUCUGUUUCAAGUCCGUACAGCAACCACCAGAACUUCGUGCCGUUGGCAUCCAAAGCUCAACCACACCAACAAGUGCUAGCGGAUGGAACAGAACAGCAGCAACCGCAAAGAUUCAUUGACCCUACGCAAACGAUUCUGCCCUCGCCAACGUCCAUCUCUCGGUCCGGCAUCUACGGAGCCGGACACCACAUUCUCGUCCCAGUGACCGUCCAUCGAAACAUGGACGUUUCCUAACGAACAGUGCUAGGUUACUUGUAAAUUAGGUGUUUACUGUAGAAACAAAUGUGACCAGUUGUAGUUGUGCUCUGUGUGACACGUUUUAACAAAAAGAUCGCGAUAAGUUUGUAUUAUCCAAUAUUUCCUAGAGAUAGGUUUGUGGAGAGCUUGUCAAGGUCCGUUGUUUCCAUAAUUAUUGUACCUUAAACAUAAUGAACCCGCUUGGCAGGGAUUCGCCCAGAGAGAUUUCUGACAACGAACUCUUGCUCGUUGUUUUUUAUAGUGAAAGUAUGACUGAAAAGUUAGAUAGCUAUUCAUUUCUAAAAAUUGGUGGGAUAUUUGUUUUUGCUAGUAGGAAACGUAAUACAUGCAAUACUACCAAUCAGCUCACCUCCUCCUAACCUACUUCCUAUCACUGUUGACUGAUUGUUGAAAUCAUUUAUAGGCAUUUAAAUACUUAGGACAAACAUAUUUGUAACUGUAACUAUCGGCUAUUGCCAUUCCUGAAGUAUAACAGAUAGGAACAUAACCCUUCGAAACAGGAUUUCAUGCGAAUUCCAGGACAAAUAGAAUUGGGUUAACCAAAACAAAUAAAGUGUAACAAGGAUGUUGUCUGGA